GUUUCGUUUAAUCUCUUACAUAGUCCGCCGGGGGCAAAAAACUUGUUCCAUUGGCGUGGGCGUGUGGCAGCCCGGUAGCUGUGACUUGUGAGGCAUAGGUUGCAGAAAGGGGACAAAUUCAACAACAGAGAGGAUGGACGUGGAAUCUGUGAAGAGGUACUUCCAAUUAGAGAAAGGAAACGAAAUUGCAUCAGUGAUUCAUGAGUUGCCUUCCAGAUUUUUGGAACCCCUUGUCAUGAGUGGCCUUCGCGUCGAUCUAAUUGAGCCAGGCCGUGUCGUUUGCUCCUUCAAGAUACCCCCUCGUUUACUGAAUUCUUUCAAUUCUUUGCACGGCGGGGCAACGUCAACGCUGGUUGAUUUGUUGGGUUCAGCUGCUAUUUACUCCGCCGGAGCUCCGGAGGUGGGAGUUUCUGUGGAAAUCAACGUGACAUAUUUGGAUGCUGCGUAUGCCGAUGAGGACAUUGAGAUCGAGGCCAGGACUCUACGCGUUGGAAAGGCUGUUGCUGUUGUCAGCGUAGAGUUUAAGAGGAAGAAGACAGGCAAAGUUUUCGCAAUCGGUCGUCACACCAAGUAUCUUGCAAUUGCUAGUAAACUUUGAGAGGGAGCAAAUAGACCCUCUGAAGUCAGUUGUACAAGUAAGCCUCACUACAAAUGUCGCUCAGAUGGCCCUUCCGUUUAGUAGGUUGUUACGGGGAUAUUCCCUUGAAUCUUCCCACGCCUCUACAAGUUGGCGCGCUCUCACUAAAAAAAUAUUGCACCAUUCUUGUGUGUCGUAUAUAAAUAUUAAACAGCUCUUGCAGGAAUCGUGUUUAUUAUGAACAGCUUUUUGCAACGUAGAAGCAAUUCUUGCUUCAUUUGCUUCUGCAGGGAUGCAAGGCAUCCUACUCGUGAAAUAUUUUAGCAAUAAAUGUUGACAUGUAUAGCGAUUCCUGAUUGCC